UGUCCCCCUCGCUCUCGCACCCCACGCCGUGCCCCCCCCCCCCACACACACCCCCCCACACCCCGGGAAUCCCCGCACCCCGGGGUGCGGAGCGCCGGGCCCGCCGGCGGAGCCGCCCCGGGGCCGGGCCACCUUAAACCCGACAUCCGCCGGGCGCGGAGCCCUGCGCGGAGCCGCCGUCCCCGCCGGCAUGGCCCGGCUCCGCAGGGCAUCGCCCGCCCUCCUCCUUGCACCCCAACCUCCCCCCUCUUGCGCCCUGAGCUGCCCCGCUUGCACCCCUGGGUCCCUGCUUGCACCCCGCGAUCCCCCCGCUUGUGCCCAACGGUUCCCUGUUUGCACCCCCAGGAUCCCUGGUGCACCCCGCCGUCUCCCACUUGCACCCUGAGAUUCUUGCUUGCGCCCCGAGGUCCCCUGCUUGCACCCCGAGAUCCCUGCUCAUGCGCUGAGGUCCCUUGCUUAUACCCAACAGUUCCGCGCUUGCACCCCGAGAUCCCCACUUGCACCCCAAGACCCCCACUUGCACCCCGAGGUCCCCACCUGCCACCGAGCCCGAGCAGCCCCGCGGCAGGUCCCUGCUCAGGCUGCGCCGGGGCUCAGCGGCUGCCGCCCCCGCCAUGGAGUUCUCUGAGCUGAUCAAAACGGCGACGGUGGAGAGCGUGCUGCUGUCGUGCGCGGGGCUGCCGGCGGUGAAGGGCACCCUGUGCAUCACCAGCCACCAUCUGCUCCUCUCCUCCUGCCCCGGGGGGGACGGCCAGCCCGGCACCGUGGAGCUCUGGCUGCUCAUCCGCAACGUGGACGCCGUGGAGAAGAGAGUGCAGAAUUUAGGCUGGUACCAGCCCCCCCGGACUAACGGCUCCCCACGAGACACCAGGCUCGCCAGCUCCUCUGGCACAAUUACGCUCCGGUGCAAAGACCUGAAGGUGCUGCAGCUGGAGAUCCCGGGCAUGGAGGAGUGUCUCAACAUCGCCAGCUCCAUCGAGGCCCUCUCCUCGGUGGACUCCGUGAUGAUGAUGUACCCGUUCUUCUACAGACCCCAGAGCCUGAAGCUCGAGGAAGGAUGGCACCUUUUCCCCCUCGAACAGUACUUCCAACAGAUCGCCUCGCAGACGAGCCGGUGGCGGCUGAGCGACGUGAACCGGGAUUUCACCACCUGCCCCACGUACCCUCCUGCCGUCAUCGUGCCGGCGGCGGUGGACGAUGACGCCCUGCGGAAGGCUGCCCGUUUCCGGCAGGGCGGGCGAUUUCCCAUCCUCAGCUAUUACCACCCCAAGAACGGCACCGCGAUGCUCCGCAGCAGCCAGCCGCUGACGGGCCCCAACCGAAAGCGCUGCCGCGAGGACGAGAUGCUGCUGGGGACCGUCCUGAACGAGGGGGAACGGGGCUUCAUCAUCGACACGCGGUCGGCCCAGGCGGCGAAGCAGGCUCGGAUGACCGGGGGGGGCACAGAGCCCAAAUCCUCCUACCCGCACUGGAGGAGGCUGCACCGGCCUCUGGAGAGAGGCCGCCCGCUGCAGGAGAGCUUUAUUAAGCUGGUAGAAGCCUGUAACGACCCCUCGAUCAACAUGGACCGCUGGCUGAGCCGGCUGGAGAGCUGCCGCUGGCUGAGCCACGUCAAAGCAGCCCUGAGCACAGCCUGCCUGGCCGCACAGUGCCUGGACAGGGAGGAGGCCAGCGUGCUGGUGCACGGGGCGGAGGGGACGGACACGACCCUGUUGGUGACAGCGCUGGCCCAGGUGAUCUUGGACCCGUCCUGCCGCACGCUGGUGGGAUUCCAGGGGCUGCUGGAGCGGGAGUGGAUCGAGGCCGGCCACCCCUUCCACCUCCGCUGUGCCCGCUCUGCCUACUCCCACGCCCGGCUGAAGCAGGAGGCACCACUCUUCCUCCUCUUCCUCGACUGCGUGUGGCAGCUGAGCCGCCAGUUCCCCUUCUCCCUGGAGUUCAGCGAGCGCCUCCUCCUCAUCCUCUUUGACAACGCCUACGCCUCUGCCUACGGCACCUUCCUCUGCAACAACGAGAAGGAGAGGUGCUUGUGUAAAGUAAAGGAGAGCACGCAUUCCCUCUGGGCCUGGCUGAACCAGCCUGCAGAGAAAAAGAAGUACCUGAACCCUCUCUACUCGCCCAACGCCCUGGUCAUCUGGCCCUCCGUCGAGCCCCAGAGCAUCCAGCUCUGGCAGGGUUUAUUCUUCCGAUGGAUCCGCUCGUCCCAGUACCUGGACGAGGCCUGGGCAGAGAUCCAGCGGUUAGUAGAGAGUGACAACCCCCCCCGUCAAGGCCAGCGCAGGGAACAGGCUGAGCCAGUCCCUCUCUGACCCCGCUGCCCAGCCCGAGAAUGAAAGAUGAACAGCAGCGUGGGCGAUUCGGUCCCCGCGGGCUGCGGGGCCGAGGCAACGCUGCAGCUUUUGGUGGGAAGCGCUGUGCGGGACACAGGCUUCGCGGAGCCUGGAGGACGGCUCUGGGAUGGGGGGGGACAGACUCCCUUACGCAGCCUCCGGGCUGGGCAGACUGAGCUUCUUUCAGUAAAGUGCUCUCUCUCGCAGCCCACGCCUGCUUUUCCGCUCUUACAUGGGGGCAGGAGCAGCCCGGCUCCCUCGCAAGCGGGGCUCCUUCCCGCUCUCCCACCUGGACCGCCGGCGGAGCAGAAGGGCAGCAGAGGGGGUCUAUGUGCCCCCCAGCAGCUCCCACCACAGCCUGCCUGGCUCACAGCCCCUGCCCAGUCAGCACAGCAAAAUCUAAGCAGCAGAGCACACUAAACCCUCUGCACUAAGGGCACGCUGGCUCCAGUCUGAGUGUUGCAUCAGUCGCUUCGAGCUGGGAGCCAGCCCGGAAAAUCUGCCCUUGAACCCAGUUUUGAGGAAGGAAAAAGAUACAAACCACCCCUCCAGCCAGGCAGGCCCAGGGCGAGGGGGCUGGAAGGAUGAGGAUUUGCAACACAAGCGUCCUAGCGCAGGAAAUAACUGUUCCAUGAGGAAAGUUGGCUUGGGGUCAGUCCAACAAAUAAACAAAGCACUAGAACUGGGCGCGUGCGUUGUCAUCUGGAAAACAAUGACUGGCUGCUGCACUUCCAGCCUGUUCACACUUCAGGGCCGGACCUGACCCAGAGUUGCAGCUCCUCCCUGGGAAAGGGUUAACCCGGGGUGGACAGAGGCCCCAGGAGUAACAGCGCUGCUGGCUGCCCACGGGUGGGGAGCACUGCACCGGGUGGGGAGCACUGCACCGCCAACAGAGCCGGGAAAGCAAAUCGCUCAGGAGAAUUGUUCCAGGCAAAAAGAAACAAAAAAAAAACAGAAACAAAAAAAACCCCAAAC